CAAAAAAGACUUGGGCCUGUUUAUGAUGGGUCGGGUCAGACCCAACCCUUGUUCAGAGAGUAUAUAAGAGACAACACAUUAGGGUUUAACAUUCUGCUUGAGCCGAAGCUAGUUGAAGCGCAUCGUGCAUCGUUUCAUCCAGUUUCUUCAAGAUGGGUAUUUCACGAGAUUCUAUGCACAAGAGACGUGAAACUGGUGGCAAGAAGAAGGCAUGGAGGAAGAAGAGAAAGUACGAGCUCGGUCGCCAGCCAGCUAACACAAAACUAUCAAGCAACAAGACAGUGAGGAGGAUUCGUGUUAGAGGUGGAAAUGUGAAGUGGAGAGCUCUGAGAUUGGAUACCGGUAACUUCUCAUGGGGAAGUGAAGCCGUCACUCGCAAAACCCGUUUGCUCGAUGUGGUGUACAAUGCUUCCAACAAUGAGUUGGUGCGAACUCAGACUCUUGUGAAGAGUGCUAUUGUUCAGGUUGAUGCUGCUCCCUUCAAGCAAUGGUACCUUCAACACUAUGGUGUUGAUAUUGGUAGAAAGAAGAAAAAUGUUAGCAAGAAAGAGGAGGAGGCUGAGGCUGCUACAGAAGAAGUCAAAAAGAGUGCCCAUGUGCAGAGAAAAUUAGAGCAACGCCAGAAAGAACGCCAGCUUGAUGCCCACAUUGAGGAGCAGUUUGGUGGUGGACGAUUGCUUGCAUGCAUUUCUUCUCGACCUGGUCAAUGCGGCAGAGCUGAUGGCUACAUUCUUGAAGGUAAGGAGCUAGAAUUCUACAUGAAGAAACUCCAGAAGAAGAAGGGCAAGGGUGCCGCUUGAUUGUAUUGUUUCCAUGUUUUUGUAUUGCAUUAGUUGUUUUAAAUGAGACCAGUAUCGAACAAAGAGAUGUUGUGCUUCAGCUGAUGCUGUUGGUUAACAUUUUAAUAUCUCUUAAUCUUUUGACGAUAGUGUCUUGAUUUUCCUUUAGACUGUUCUUGGUUAUUUAUGAUUUACAAUUUUGUCAAUGAAUAUGAUUUGCAAUUACUUCCGUUUAA